AUGCCCAUUAAACUUGUCGACAAUCUUUCUCAAGAUUUUACGAAACUCCUAAACAACAAGGAUUACUUUGAUACGAUUGUUGAAGUUGAAGAUGGUCAAAUUAAGAAAACAUUCACUGCUCACUCAACU